CUAAUUUUAAUGUUACCAGACAGACUACGAAUUUAUUAGCGCCAAGUUUUAACCUUCAAUGUACUAAUCCUGGCCCCAAAAUUCUCGCCCUAGAACUCCAAAUGACGUCAAGUGUAGGAUAAUCAGAAAAUAUUUUCCACAUAAGAAAAUAUUCUCAAAAACAAAGGGAGUCUCUAAUAUUGUCAGUCCCCCCUAGUUAAGAUUAUAUCAUCCACACUGCCGCUUGUAGCGAGACUAAGACUCAUGACUGAUUGUUCAAUUAGUUGGGGUGUAUCUUAAAAACCUCAAAGCCAAUUUUCCACUAUUAGAGACCCCAAUUACGAAUAGUAUGGAUGCCAGUGGUCCUCAUAUAUUCUUCACUUUAGUUUUCUUCUGUUCUUGAGUUUCUUCCCUUUGUUCCAUCUUCUUCACUUAUCUUCUGCAUGAGUCACUGCCGAAAUUCAUUUACCACCAAAGAAAUGGAAACAAGUAAAUCAGAUGGAAAAAGAAGCAUAGAUGAAACUGUGUUGGCAGAAGAAGAUGAUGAAGAUGUUGAAGAAGAGAACAGAAAGAGGAGAGCAUUGAGUCAGUCCGGAAGCAAAGUGGCGGCGCAGCUGUUCUGUCAGGUGGAUGACUGCGGGGCGGACAUGAAAAAUGCAAAGCCGUACCACCGUCGCCAUAAGGCCUGUGAGAUUCACGCAAAGGCUCCAUCAGUGCUUAUCAAUGGAGUCCAUCAGCGCUUCUGUCAGCAAUGCAGCAGGUUUCAUGAAUUAGAGCAGUUUGACAAUGCUAAGAGGAGUUGCAGGAGACGUUUGGCAGGUCAUAAUGAGCGCCGGCGUCGAGUUACAUAUGAUUCUCAUGGAGAAGGGUCAAGCUGAAGAUAUAUAGUACCAACUGGAGACAAACAACCUGCCUGAUAAUUUGCCAAAUAAGGAAGGGAGAAGAAGUGUGAAGUUUAUUUUGGACCUACCCAAAAAGGAAAGUGUGAAGUUUAUUUAGGACCGGAGCAUUGUUUGUAAUUGCGCAAUGCAAUUGCACCUCAUGGCGCACCUCAGCUAAUCCUAGACUAUGGCGUAAAAGGCAUUGCAUAUGGCGUUGGGAGUGUGGCGUACGCAAUAUAGCACUGAGGCGCACGCAAUAUUGCAUACGCAAUAAGGCGCUCUGAGGCGUACGCAUUAGGAGAUGGUCAGGGUGUGACUGUGUAAGGGUAUUAUUUGGGCCCACCCGACCCAUUUUUAAUUUUUUAUAAUUGAUGUUAUGAUCCCUAUUUCAAACCACUCGUUAUUGAUUGGAUUUUUGAGUAGAUCAAUCUAAAUAAUUUAAAUUC